AUGCACUUCUUUUACCGUGCCGUUACUGCAUCUAACUUGUGGGUUGCCCCCAUCGUACCCAGCUACGCUUUACCACUCGCUUCCAUACACACAUUGGCGCUCACGGACUGCGGUCUUGAAAACUUUAUUUUUUUUCUUAUCUGCUGUGUGCAUCCACUCCACUACGUGGGCGAAACUAUACAACAUACACGAGCACGUGAGCUAUCGAGGUCUGCUGCGCUAUUCUGCUACCGUUUGAGCUGCACUUUGCCUCCUGUCCUCUCUCUUUUUCAAGGGCUUCUGUGUGUGUGUGUGCGUAGUUGUAGACGUGUCGUACCAUCCGUGCACCUGUUUGCCACGAGCUUCCGUGGCCUCAACAUCACCGUCUACUCUGUCAUUCACUCCCUGAGGCCUCCUUUUUUUCGCGCCAUCUUCGCCCACUACCGCCUGCGUGGUCUGUCCCUCCUUCCCCUCACCGUGCACCACCGUGCCGGUUUCACGCAAAUGCAAGGCAACAUGUACUCUCGGCAGAUGGAAUGGGCCGUGCAUCAGCAGCAGCCACAGCGCAUGCAGGACAAUUUACAGGGAGUCGCGUCUCGCGCCUACCACCUAGAGCCCAUUAGCCCCCUGCAGACGCGACAGCAGGGCGGUUGCAUGCCGGGUAUGAUGGUGGGGCAGCAGCCUGGCUGUGGUGUGAUGAACGGCCUGUCGGCGUACGGCCCGAGGCCCAUGAUAGGGGAUGCGCAGGAUGGGCACAUGGGCCCGCAGCCAGGGGAUGUCGCCCGUGCUACUGGCUAUGGAACUCAGGGCAUGCACGGCAAUAAUUCAAUGGGCUGCGGCCCUGCGGGGAUGGGGGGAGCAAACAAUUUGCAAAACGGCAAUGCCGUUCUCUUCGCUGCCGGGCCUGCUGCUAAAACGCCCGACUGGAACAACAUCAACUUCAACGGCAUCUUCAGCAACGCAGUCAACCCGCAGGUGCAGUCGUCUGUGGAGGUGCAGGACGAUGGUGAGCCGCUGCCGUUUCCUCCUGGAAACCUUCUUGCACAGUACCCGCUCGAGUACCAGCAGCAGCUCAUCUUCUACUACCGCCUGCUGCGCUUGCAAUACCCAGAGCUGUACAAGCAGUACGUGGACUACUACGUGAUGUACUAUGAGCCCCUCUACCACCCCGCCCCGCCGUCUCUCAGCAAGGACGAUCUCAACGCCAACCAACCGAGGAAGAAGGAGCCAUCUCCGCGGCAGACGCAGCGGGCCCAGAUGCAACCGCAGCAGCCAGUCAUGCCGCAGCCCGUGCAUCAGUCGCCGCGGAUGGAGCACCCGAUGCCCCCGGAGGGCAUAGGUCGCACUACAUCGAACCUCAGCGGAGGUCUGAAGCGGCAGAGCUCGCUGCGGCGGCAGAACUCGAUGCGCCGAAACGAGGUCAACCAGCUGAAGAAUGAGGGCAGUCUCAAGCGUCUUUCAAGUAUGCGUCAACAGUAG